UCGGCAACCAUAGCAAACAUUCCUUCACAUCUUCACGUUUCAUUUCUUGGCUGUAAAAUAUUCCCCACCUAGCGUCUCUUGACCAAAGUGACCUGUGUAUCGAAUUUGCUUCAAAGAAUUUAACCCUUGCUGUUGCGUCCCUCAAAACAUUGUAGAAAACAAAAUGAUGAAUGACGAGAAUCCGAUAAACAAUGAUCUCUUCAAUGCUUUGGUAAAUGGCACUCUUCACGAAAUUCACAGUUUACAUAAGAAGGAUCCGCGAGUUCUGCUUGGCGUUACAUUCCAAAGAGACACUCCUCUGCACAUUGCUGCAAGGGAAGGCCAGCAAGAUAUCGUUGAUUGGAUUCUUCAAGAGAAACCGUCUUUGGCUGGAGCUCGUAACAAGGAUGGCAAUACACCACUGAACGAAGCUGCUAAAUGCGGCAAUUCAGAACUAGUCGAUAUUCUGCUUCAAGGCAAAAAAAGUUCUGCCUACUAUUCUAAUAAGUUCGGAGAGACAGUUCUGAUAAUAGCUUCCAAGUAUGGCCAUGCAGAAGCAGUGAAAGUUUUGUUGAAAGCCAGGUCCUAUAACGACGCGUCCGAAUGGCGUCAAUCUUUGAGGGUUGCAGCUUACGGAAGAUACCCAGAUGUAGCACAGGCCAUACUUAAUAAUCCCAUCAAACAUAAGCGGUUCCGUCGUCGAUUACAUGCUUUGCAUGAAUGGGAUACAUAUGAAGAUAUCAUACAUCGUAGUCCCAUCAAAUCAUUGUUCCCUCCAAGUGUUCCCGAGGUCUCGGAUCUCCAUGCAGCCAUUCAUGGAGGAGAUCUUGCGAUUGUAGAGGCAGUCCUAAAUUCUUGUGCACGGUAUAGGGAAUUAAUGACAAAAAUGGAUGAAUUUGGAAGGUGCGCAAUACAUGUAGCAGCCAUGAAAGGCCAAUGGGACAUAAUCACUCUAUUUGUGGACAAAAUGCCAGAUUGUAUCGAAAUCCGGAAUUCAGAUCAUAAGUCUGUUCUUCACUUUGCCGUCGAAAAUGAUCAAUUUGAGAUGGUGCGCAAUCUACUAGAAAAGAAAUCGCAUCAAAAAGUCGCAGAGUUGGUGAGCCGCGACCAUGACUGCUUUCACAAUACAGUUUUACAUCUGGCAGCUAAACGUGUAGUGGAUCCCGAG